UCGGCUCGUAUAGUCGCGCAUUCGGCACGUUACCGUUCCCCCGCCGACUCCAGUCUAUCACCAGCUCCCGCAGACUCUGCACACUCCCUUUCAGCCGGUGCGUGAGUUCGCAGACAUUCGCAGUUCGAAACAUCCCCAAAUUCGGUCUUUGUUCCUUACGCCUCCUGGCGCGGACUGCAUUAUUUUAGACGUUACGCGCAACAGAAAAAAAUGUUUUUCUGAACGCCGACGCGCUUAAAAAAAAAAAAAAAAAAAAAAGGUCCGUCAUGGCCAAAGAACCGAGGAAGACGAUAGACUUCGCCCAAGACUUCGCUCUGGAGAACCGCGAGGACAAACAUGCCUCCACGGAGGAGGAGACUGAAAAGCUCGUCAGAUACAUUGAUGACAACAUCAUCGGCAAAGAACAGACCUUCGCCGGGCCUUUCGGAAGACGCAAAGGUAAGGAAGAAAUAUCUGUCUGUUUAGCUGCUUUAUACAUCUGUACCUUUGCCAAAAUGGGUAAGGAAGAAAGAUCUGUGUGUUUAGCUGCUUUAUACAUCUGUACCUUCGCCCAAAUUGUGGUCUACUGUGAUUACAUCGCCUCUUCCAGAUCGUUAAAGUUUAUUGAAGACUACAUACUACAAGAAGUGCUGCCUAUGUAUGGAAACACACAUACAACAACUUCUGUGACCUCAAUGCAGUCAUCGUUUUUCAGAGAAGAAGCAAGAAACAUAUUGAGAACUGCCGUGAAUGCAUCUGAAGACGACUUGGUCCUGUUCGCCGGAAACGGGAGUACCAGUGCUAUAUACAGACUUGUCUAUUCUCUCAACUUGCCAUCUCCCCCAGUGGUAUUCGUUGGGCCUUGUGAACACCAUUCCAAUCUCUUGCCUUGGAAAGAAAUCGGCUCGAAGAUUGUUAGGAUCUCAGAAACCAAGGAAGGAAUGCUUGAUUUGACUGAUCUUGAAAACAAGUUAGCCGUGCACAGAAACUCUGGAUUACAUGACACUUUAAUCGGCUGCUUCUCAGCUGCCUCAAACAUAACUGGAAUACUUGCCGAUGACAUUGCGACAACCAUUAUGCUUCAUCAAUAUGGCGCUCUGGCAUUUUGGGAUUAUGCCACUGCAGCGCCAUAUGUCACACUUGAUAUGAAUCCAUUGAUACCAGGCAUCAACCAGGAUGCACCUCAUAAAGAUGCUAUAUUCUUUUCAGGACAUAAGUUUGUUGGUGGUGUGCAAAGUCCUAGCAUUUUGGUAGCAAAGAAGUCAUUGUUUGCCAACCCUGUGCCGCGGGGAUGUGGUGGAGGCUCUGUCUUUUUUGUUUCCAAAGAUGACCAUAGAUAUUUAAAGGACUCUGAGCUGAGAGAGGAAGAAGGCACUGCUUCAGUUGUCGAAUCAAUUAGGGCAGGAAUGGUAGUUAAACUAAAACAAGCAGUGGGAGUGUCUGCAAUAAUGGAUUACGAAGAUAAAAUAGUGAAGACUGUACUGUCAUUUCUGAGAAAAAUACCUGAGAUCAUAUUACUUGGGAGUAAUAGUCCUGUAGUAAAACGAAUUGCUAUAUUCUCAAUAAUGGUGCGCCAUCCUCGUGGAUCUUACUUGCACCACAAUUUCGUUUGUGCUGUGUUAAAUGAUGUCUUUGGAAUACAAGCGAGAGGAGGUUGUGCUUGCGCCGGCCCAUAUGCUCAAGAUUUAAUGGGUAUUGAUCAAAAUUUAGCUUCGCACUAUGAAGAGGUUCUUAUGGAAGAUGGUGGGUUAAACUGUCAACACUUGCAUCACAAGAAGGAAAACUCAGGUUAUGAAAUGCUCAGACCUGGUUUCACUAGGAUAUCACUGCCAUUUUUUAUGUCAGAGUAUGAAGUGGGUUAUGUCUUGGAGGCACUUAAAAUGGUCGCAACUGAGGGUUGGAAAUUACUCCCUCAGUACACCCUUAACCCAGAAACUGGAGAAUGGAGACACAAUACUAACACAACUUUAAAGGAAAGAAAGUGGCUCAGUUCCAUCCGCUACCAAGAUGGAAAGAUGUGUAUAAAUGAAAGACGGAUUUCUGGAAUUAGUCCGUGCCCAGUUGAUUACAGUGAGUGCUUGAAAGUUGCACGUACAACAUUCAACAAAGCUCGGAAGAUGGCCAAACGACAUCCCUUAGCAGACCAGUGUAACAUGUUUACUGAUGAGCUUAAUCACUUGAGAUGGUUCAUGCUACCCAGUGAAGCUCAAGAUUUGCUUCUUGGCCAUUUUCAAAAUGUAAAACAGGAUGUACCAUUUUCACCCACAAUUUAUUCAGGCUCAAGACAAAAUAUAACUCUACUUCCGUUGAUAAAACGUCACAACAGCCUCUCAGUACCAGACACCGAGGCACUGACAAAUAAGGAUAUCAAAAUUUUGAGGCAAAGGUCUGAGUCGAAUAGUCCUGCUAGGAAUAACUUUUCUAGAAUAAUUCAAAUCCCUUCCAGGGAGCGAUGCCAUAGCUUAGGUUCAGCUCUUCUUCAUGAAUUUCCUUCCAAGCACAGUAUGAUGCCGAGGCAACGCUUAUUUUCAAACAGUAGCCAGGGUGAUCGAACUGACAGUGAGACAUCUAUGACAGGUGAGCCCGAAUUGAAAAAUGGUCCUACCAAUUCUUUGCGAUACACACCGGACUUGGUUUACGUUGAAGGUAUCACAAAAGAGUUGGCGACAGAACUAAAAUCAGAAAUUCGGGAAGUAAUCGCACAAGUGGAUGAUGUUUUGUCUGAAAGUAACGAUUUUGAAAACUCCAGUUUCAACUCUUUAGAAAAGCGAUCAAGCAUUGAUUUGCAAAAGAUGAAUAAGAGAAAAGCAUUUGCUUUGCCUUUCGCCGUUUCACACGCCAAUAAUGUAAAUGCUCAACAGCAGCAGUCGUCCAGCGUCAUAACAACGCCCAACUCGGCCAUGUCUUCCAUAUCUGCUGAGAAAUUUUCUAAAUAUUUAGUCGGGUUCACUUCUGAUGUCGUGUCCGAAAUGAAGUCGGAAUUCCGAGGUGUAGUGAAUGCGGUCGGUGGGCUUGUAUCACCUGCAGUAGAAGGGCCCAAAUCAGUUAACGAACAAACUGAUAAAUGUGACAAAGAGGUGUCUUGGUCAAGACCGGAAACAAAUGGCGAAAGUAAAAAAGUUGGAAUUAAAAGUAACUCUGCUGAAAACAACAUGUCCCACUUUAAAUGCCAAAAAGCGGAAAAUUACUGCAAAAAUUUUCAAAGCUCGCAUGACAGUGGCAUUAAUAUGACAGAAAGGGACCUAUCGCCAUCAGAAGGGCAGGAGCAGAGAUUGAAGUCAAACGAUGAUAAACCAAAGAAUGCUUACAAUUUACUCGAGCUUGAAAUAGGAUUAGAAAACAUAACAGACAAAUCUAAAUUAUCUAAAAACAAAAGUCUGAAUAAUAAUAGUGGCCUUGUGAACAAAUAUGCAACUAGUCCUCCACAAUGGCACUGCCCACCGAAAGAAAUCUGGCGGCCAGUGUGUGCUGCAAUUAAAGAAUUUAAAAUGAUCCAGAAUGGAGACAAGAUUUUAGUCUGCAUUUCAGGAGGAAAAGAUUCUUUAUCAUUACUUCAUACACUCCACCAGUACCAGUAUUACGCCAGAUCAAAGGGUAUUAAUUUUGAUAUUGGCGCAGCAACAGUCGAUCCAGGGAGCACAGCGUACAACCCAAAGCCCUUGAAGCCUUAUUUGCUUUCACUAGGCAUUGAAUAUUUUUAUGAAGAACAAAAUAUAAUAGAACAAGCUGCCAAUUUUCGUUGCAAAUCAGUUUGUAGCUUCUGCAGCCGUAUGAAACGUGGGAAGCUUUAUGUAACAGCAAGAAAGCAUGGCUACAAUGUUUUAGCUUUAGGGCAGCAUUUAGACGAUAUUUCAGAAAGUUUUCUAAUGUCAGCUUUCCAUAAUGGUCAUCUGAGGUCCAUGAAAGCACAUUAUUAUGUUCACGAGAGAGAUUUGAGAAUUAUCAGGCCUAUGGUGUAUGUUCGAGAACGUACAUUGAAAAAGUUUGCUGCAAGUAAACAUUUACCUAUCAUUCCAGAGAAAUGUCCAGACUGUUUUGAAACCCCAAAGGAAAGACUUCGUAUUAAACAACUGCUUGCACAACAAGAAGUCAUUUUUCCAAAGUUGUUUCACUCAUUGAAAGCCGCUAUAAAACCAUUGAUACGCUACAGGUACACAGGUCAAGAAAGUAACAUGAUCUCUUACAAUGAAUUGGAUCCUAUUCAGCACUGAUGUGAGAAACAAGAGGUUUUAUAUAUUUGAUUUGAAAAUCCUAUGGAGUUUAAAUUUAUCAUUACCUAGAACAAAAAAUAAGUAUAUCAUUAUUAGGUAGUUGGAGGAAAAAACAAAUUGCCUUAAUAUAUGUAUAAAUAAGAAUUUGGCAAAAGGGCUUCCAUGAAUUGAAAAUUGAUAGUCGUGUUAUGUCUGUAUUAAUAUCUAACUUUAUAACUGUUAUCAUAAAGGUAUGCAAUUAUUGUUUACUGUCAAUAUUAUACUUUGUAGUAAAUUUAUAACAAAAGUCGUUAUAAACAGAAGUUCAUAUUAUAUGUUUUACUAAGUGAUUUUUAUGACACUAUAUUUUUCUGAUUACAUGUUAAGAAUCAAUUUAAUUAUUUUUUAAUAGCAUAGAAUAGUUAAAAUGCCAUAUUUUUUAUAAAGUUUAGUAGCACCCUAAAUCUACAUCUGCUCUUAAGAGUUGGUAUUGAUUUGAAAUUGUGAUGAUUUAAUAAGAAGAACUAUAAAAUGUAGUUUGUAGAUUUUUUGUUUUUAGUUAUUAAUUUGUAAGUUAUUGGCACAUUCUUUCUACUUAUAUUGUCUAUAACUGAUUUUUAUUUUUAUUAUAACUAUUAUUUUAUGUGUGCUGUGAUCUGUGAAAAAAAAAUGUGCUUAACUAUUUCAGUUCUUUGUAUGUGAUGUUACCAAAUUUCACAUCGUUUAAAUGUACAGGAACUUUACCAAGUUCUUGGUAAAUUAGUCACUUCUCUGGGAAUGUGGAUUAAAUUUCCUGUAACAAAGUCAAUGACAUAUUGUAAAUAAUUAAAGAGCUUAAGUUUAAGGCUUUGAAAUAAUCCAAUCUUGUCACGAGUUUAAUUAUGAACGUAGACUGAAAAAAUCCAUAAAAAAUGUUCAUGGGAUGUGAGCAAUUUGUAAACAUUUUAUAUAACCAUCUUGAUCAUUGGGUUAAGCAAUUUUCAAGAAUUUACUAUCAACUUUUUUGAAUUAAAAAACUAUACUAUUAUUAUUAUAAUCACAAUAAUCAUACAAGUACUUUUAGCCAUUUAAGGAUUUUUUAAUUUGUUCAAA